AUGGCCAACGCAACAGACUCGGCAAUGACAAAGGUGACCUCUCUCGAUGCCAUGGUGGUAGGCGCUGGCUUUGGCGGCAUCUACCAGCUCAAAAAGUUCCGCGAUAUGGGCUUCUCUGUCAAAGCAAUCGACACCGCUAGCGAUGUCGGUGGCACUUGGUACUGGAAUCGCUACCCAGGGGCCAUGUCUGACACAGAGUCUUAUCUUUAUCGGUAUUCUUGGGAUUCCAACGACUUGCAGACUUAUCCGUGGCACAAGCACUAUGUAUACCAGAAGGAGGUCCUGGCAUAUUUACAGCACGUGGUCGAUAAGCAUGAUCUGAGGCGGGAUAUCAUAUUUGAGACUAGCCUUACAGAUGCGACUUGGGAUGGCGAGGCGAAAGUAUGGAACGUGCAGACCUCCACUGGCAUCACGUUCAGAGCGAGGUAUCUUGUCACUGCUCUGGGCUUGCUCUCACGCGCCAAUUUUCCCGAUAUCCCAGGCAUCGACACAUUUCGAGGUGAGAGGUAUCAUACGGGAGCCUGGCCAGAAGGCGUAUCAAUGGAGGGCAAGCGUGUGGGCAUCAUUGGUAAUGGCUCGACUGGUGUCCAGGUCAUCACCGAGAUCUCGAAAGAUGUUGACCAUCUGGUGAGCUUUCAGCGCAACCCACAGUACAGUGUCCCAAGUGGGCAAAGAGAUGUGGACCCCUCGUAUCGACAAGAGGUCAACGAGAAUUACAACGAGAUCUGGCGCCAAGCCAAGGACGAAAGUAAUACGGCCUUUGGCUUCGAGGAGAACAAAGACCGGCCUGCUCUUAGUGUAGACUCUGACACCCGACGAGGCCUUUUCGAAGCGGCGUGGAAGAGAGGUGGUGGAUUCCGCUUUAUGUUCGAGUCUUUCAACGAUAUAGUGACCAACGAGGCUGCAAAUUUGGAGGCUUGCGAGUUCAUAAAGGAUAAGAUUCGACAGACUGUGAAAGACCCCGAAAAAGCACGCAAACUCAUGCCCACACAGCUCUAUGCUCGAAGACCGCUAUGUGAUGCUGGAUACUACGAGCAAUUUAAUCGUCCGAACGUGCAAGUGGUAAGUCUACAUGACACUCCUAUCACAGAGAUCACGGGAGAUGGAGUCAAAAUAUCAGAUGGCACUGUUCACAAAGUCGACAUGCUUAUCUUUGCAACUGGAUUCGAUGCCGUUGACGGCAACUAUACACGUCUCGCCAUCAAAGGACGCCAUGGCCAAUCAUUGAAAGACCAUUGGGCUGAGGCGGGCCCGACCUCAUACCUCGGUGUCACUGUCGCAGACUUUCCGAACAUGUUUAUGAUACUUGGGCCCAACGGACCUUUCUCCAACAUUCCUCCAGCCAUUGAGACGCAUGUCGAGUUCAUCGCGGACAUUAUACUGGCUGCUGAGAAGUUGGCGAGGAGUGACUCUCCUCCUGGCAAAGUCAGCGUACCGACCAUUGUUGCAACACAGGAGGCGGAGGAAGCAUGGACACAUGAAUGUGAUGUGGUCAGUCGAGAUAGCUUGUUCCGGAAGACGGACUCAUGGAUCUUUGGCUCGAAUGUGCCUGGCAAGAAGCACUCGGUCAUGUUCUACUUCGGAGGACUGGCGCCAUAUCGCCAAAAGCUCCGAGAAGUUGCAAAGAAUGGAUGGGAGGGUUUUCGUAUUGCAUGA